AUGAGACUCGUCGACAACGCACCCCUCCUUGGGGCUCUACUUCUCGCUCGUCUUGGGGAUGCCAAGCAGUGUUACCGUUUGCCAAGUGAUGCUGAUUGGCCAUCCACUGAGGCAUGGUCGACCUUGAACUCGACUGUAAACGGGAAGCUUGUGGCUACUGUUCCUAUCGGGUCGCCUUGUCACGAUCCGACAUACGAUGCCGAUGCUUGCGACGCAUUGAAGGCAGAAUGGCUGAACCCUCUAACGCACACCCCGUCCUCCCACUCUAUCAUGCAAUCGUACUUCGCCAACCAGAGCUGCGAUCCAUUCUCCGAUAGGAGCAUCCCUUGCACUCUUGGCAACUAUGUUUCAUACUCUGUCAAAGCCACUGAAGCAGAGGAUGUCAUCUCUGCCCUCGAGUUUGCGAAAGCUGAGAACAUCCGUGUUCUUGUUCGCAACACUGGGCAUGAUUUCUUGGGACGGUCUACCGGAGCUGGUGCUCUUGCCAUCUGGACGCAAAGUCUGAAGAGCAUCACCUUCGGUGACUGGUCGGAUGAGCACUACACUGGCCCAUCGGUCACUGUUGGUGCCGGUGUCAUGGGCAACGAGUUGCUUGAGGCAGUAAACAAGCAGGGCAUGACCGUCGUGUCUGGUGAAUGUGCUACAGUUGGCCUGGCGGGUGGUUUCACCCAAGGCGGUGGCCACAGCGUCCUCAGCACUGCCUUCGGUCUUGGUGCCGACCAGGCCUUGUCCUAUGAGGUCGUUACUGCUCAAGGCAAGAUGCUCACUGCCUCAGCAACCGAGAACACUGACCUGUACUGGGCUCUCAGUGGCGGUGGUGGUGGAACAUAUGCCGUCGUCCUCUCGUUGACAGUAAAAGCAUACCCAGCCAAGCAGGUUGGUGGUGCUGCCAUGCAACUCCUAGCGUCAUCUACCACCCCCGAGAAAUACGCAGCAGCAACUGCCAAGCUUAUCGAGCUCCUACCAGGCAUGAUCGAUGCCGGUGCCAUGGUGGUCUUCCUGGUCAGCACUCAGUACAUCGUUAUCAAGCCCGUCACGGUUUGGGACUCAACAGCGGCCUACGUCAAGGACGUUGUACUCGCACCUUACGCCAAAGCUCUUACAGAUCUUGGCAUUACGCCGCCAAUUGUCUACAGCGAGCUGUCCUACCGCGACCACUUCGAUCGCUACAUGGGUCCUCUCCCACGUGGAGCAUAUGAAGUCAACAGAUAUCAAUUCGGUGGCCGUCUUAUCCCCCGAGAUGUGGUGGAGAACAACACUGCGGAACUCGUCAGGGUUUACCAGGAGCUUGCUGCCGAAGGUGUCUUGCUUGCUGGUAGCUCAGCUAACUACCAGAAGCCCGAGGGAGCCGCCGACAAUGGUGUACUACCAGCAUGGAGGAAUGCUAUGAUUCAGCUGCAGCUUAUUACCAACUGGGACUCCACUGCUCCUUGGGCCGACAUGGAGGCUGCCCAGCAGAAGAUGACCAAUGUGCUUAUGCCCAAGAUCGAAAAGAUCACGCCGGGCAGUGGCUCAUACCUGAAUGAAGCCGAUUUCCAGCAGCCGAACUGGCAGAGCACAUUCUUUGGAGACAACUACAACAAGCUGAAGACUAUCAAGAAGAAGUACGACCCCCAGGAUGUAUUCUACAUCCUCAAGGGUGUUGGUAGCGAGGCUUGGAACGUCAGCAAAGAUGGACGCAUGUGCCGUGCCUAG